AUGACUCAACCAACCGUUUCCAUAAUGCAGCGUGCGGCAACACACAACACUCCAAAGUUUAGUGUGAAGAAACCGUCCGUUCCGCAAACGGGUUGCAGUGUUCGUCGGGCAAAGGAGCCCCCCGUUGUCCGCGCCGCGGCCGCGGCAGUAGUGCCAUUGCACCGUAGUGAGCUGGAGGAGCGAUUGCAGUACCUGCUGCAUGUAGAAGAGGUGGCAUCCGCCGUUGGCCCCAAUGAUUUAAUGCAAGUAUUAGCAGAGCUGCGACGACGGCGUCAGGAACGAAAGGCUGUCGUCCUCACAAGACGACGCAUAGCGGAGGCCCCAAAUGCAGUCUAUCCACAUGUGACAGCGCUUGUGAAGGCGUGUGAGUCCACGACCGAUGCAGCCACGAUAGAUAUUUUGCGAGAGUUUUGUCAACACCACUGUACACCUAGUCGAAAUGAAAAAGGUCGAUCACUGAUAUACACAGCACUUGCAGAGGUUUUACUGAAGCGUAGAGCGAAUGAAAGUGACGUUGCGGAGGCUCUUUAUCUUUUAGACGAAGCGGUGGCUGAGGGACAUGCGGGGGCAAUGCUUCUUAUCGGUCUUUCUCUUCGCGAUGGGAUUGGGGUGCCGGAGGACUUGGAGGCGGCGCUCACGUGGGUUGAGCGAUCCGCCGAUGCCGGCUACGCCCCCGCAAUGUUUGAACUCGGGGCGAUGUACGAGGACGGUGUAGAGAGUGCUGGUGGCGACAUCCUGGAGUCCGACUGGGGUGAGGCUGCAGAGUGGUAUAAAGCGGCUGCGGACCUGGGGCACACAAUGGCCCAGCUGAACCUGGGAAAGCUCUUGUGGAAGGCAGCGGCAAUGGCAGGCGACGUCAAAUCUGACACAUGUGACCAACGCACCAUCGUGGAUCUUCAGACCAAAUCACGCGCAUGGCUGGAGAUGGCGGCGUCUUCAGGGAGUGAGGAGGCCGUGCGGCUCCUUCGUUGUAGAUAG